CUCUCAGACACUACACUCUCUCACCAACCCAUAUCUUUCUCUCUCUCUGUCAUUCUCUAAAAAAAGGUCCACUAUAAAUGAGGGCUUGAGCUGUAGGGGAUGAUGCUUCUCUGUCUGUGGUUUUAUAAUAAAAACAAAAAUGGGUCUGUAGAUUUCUGAUUUCCUGGAUCUGGGUGUUGCUUUAUCUUCCAUUAUCUGUUAGAAAGCUUCCUCCUUUCUUCAAGAUUUACUCACUCUCAAAGGAGCUUCAAAGAUGGCUCCAAGGUUGGAUUUUUCAGAUUGGUGGGCGAAAGACGCGAGGAAAGGAACACCAGUUGUUGUCAAAAUGGAGAAUCCAAACUACUCAGUCGUCGAAAUCCAAGGACCAGAUUCAGCCUUCAGACCGGUGGAGAAGAGCAGAGGCAAGAACGCAAAGCAAGUCACUUGGGUUCUACUCCUCAAAGCUCACAGAGCCGUUGGUUGUCUCACUUGGUUCGCUACCGUCUUCUGGUCUCUCCUCGGUGCCAUCAAGAAACGCCUCAGCUUCACUCACCCUCUCGGCUCCGAGAGAUUAGGAAGAGACAGGUGGCUUUUCACAGCCAUUAAGCUCUUCUUAGCUCUCUCCUUGCUGAUUCUCGCGUUUGAGAUCGUUGCUUACUUCAGAGGAUGGCAUUACUUUGAGAGCCCGAGUCUUCACAUCCCUACUAGCACUCUUGAGAUCCAGAGCUUGCUUCACCUUGUCUACGUUGGUUGGUUGGGGUUAAGAGCUGAUUAUAUCGCUCCACCAAUCAAAGCUCUCUCCAAGUUUUGUAUUGUGCUGUUCCUGAUACAGUCUGUAGACCGUUUGAUUCUCUGCUUGGGCUGUUUCUGGAUCAAGUACAAGAAAAUCAAACCUAGAUUCGAUGAGGAACCGUUCCGUAAUGAUGACGCUGAGGGAUGUGGUUAUGUGUAUCCAAUGGUUCUUGUUCAGAUACCAAUGUGCAAUGAAAGAGAGGUGUAUGAGCAAUCUAUAUCUGCUGUGUGUCAACUUGACUGGCCGAAAGAUCGAAUCUUGGUUCAGGUUCUUGAUGAUUCAAACGAUGAAAGCAUCCAGCUGUUGAUUAAAGCUGAGGUUGCUAAAUGGAGCCAAAAGGGAGUCAAUAUAAUCUACAGGCAUCGUUUGGUUAGAACCGGAUAUAAAGCUGGUAACCUCAAGUCAGCUAUGAGCUGUGAUUACGUGGAAGCAUACGAGUUUGUAGCAAUCUUUGAUGCGGACUUUCAACCUAAUCCUGACUUCCUUAAACUAACAGUUCCUCAUUUCAAGGAUAACCCAGAGUUGGGUUUGGUUCAAGCGAGGUGGACGUUUGUGAACAAAGACGAGAACUUGUUGACACGUCUCCAGAACAUCAAUCUGUGUUUCCACUUUGAGGUUGAGCAGCAAGUGAGCGGCGUGUUCUUGAACUUCUUUGGUUUCAAUGGGACAGCUGGAGUUUGGAGGAUCAAAGCACUUGAGGAAUCUGGUGGCUGGCUUGAAAGAACAACUGUUGAGGAUAUGGAUAUAGCAGUCCGUGCGCAUCUCCAUGGAUGGAAGUUCAUAUAUCUUAACGAUGUCAAGGUCCUUUGUGAAGUUCCUGAGUCAUAUGAAGCAUAUAAGAAGCAGCAACACCGUUGGCAUUCUGGACCUAUGCAGCUUUUUCGCCUUUGUCUUGGUGCAAUCUUGACCUCUAAGAUAGCAAUAUGGAAGAAAGCGAAUCUGAUACUACUCUUCUUCCUACUUAGGAAACUCAUACUUCCUUUCUACUCCUUCACAUUGUUCUGCAUUAUCCUCCCACUCACCAUGUUCGUUCCAGAAGCUGAGCUCCCCGUUUGGGUCAUCUGCUACAUACCUGUAUUCAUGUCUUUCCUCAACCUCCUCCCAUCUCCAAAGUCCUUCCCUUUCAUCGUCCCUUACCUCUUGUUCGAGAACACAAUGUCAGUCACCAAGUUCAACGCCAUGGUCUCGGGUCUAUUCCAGUUAGGUAGCUCUUACGAGUGGAUUGUCACAAAGAAAGCUGGAAGAUCAUCAGAGUCGGAUCUUUUAUCCAUCACCGAGAAAGAGUCGCCAAACAAGAGAAGCCAGUUGCUUAGGGGAGUUUCAGACAGCGAGCUUUUGGAGCUGAACCAACUCGAAGAGCAGAAACAAGCGGUUGCGAAGAAGCCUGUUAAGAAAAUCAAUAAGAUAUACCACAAGGAGCUAGCGUUAGCCUUUCUUUUGCUCACUGCAGCUGUUAGGAGUCUCUUGGCGGCUCAAGGAGUGCAUUUCUACUUCUUGAUGUUCCAAGGUGUUACGUUUCUUCUCGUGGGUCUUGACCUCAUUGGCGAGCAGAUGAGUUGAAGAAAACAGAUUCAGUAACUGGAGUCAAAUAAAUCAGUGGAGUUUGAUUUCUCUAUAACGAGAUUUGUUGGAACCGUAGUUGGUAGGCAUUUAAUUUCUUCUCAUGUUUGUUUGUUUGUUUUUUUAAUGUUUGUUUGAUUACUCAAAUUGUUAGGGAUAGAGUGUGUGAGAGGCAAGAGAUUCAUGAAUGUAUACAAUAUCUGUAAAGUUGGAAACAUGUUGUUGGCAGUUAAAAAAAAAGAGCUUUUGUCUUGAA